CUUACAAACUACAACCAGACAAUCAUACCAAAACAAACACAACUGUAGAGACAAACAAGGGCAUUCAAUUGAACACCACCACCAACAAGUCAAUGUGACCGUGUUUUCAAGGCUACGAAUCUUCCGGGUUUUUUGGAAACUACUUACGGAUACAUUUGUUUGGCCUCAGGACAUAUCGACAAUAGCCAGUCGGCUUGCUUGUUACCACCUGUGGGAUCUAUUCAGUGCAAGGCAGUAAACUUGCAGUGAUCUGAUUGACUGUUUAUUUGGGCUGCAGUAUAACAUCAUUUUUUUAAUGUAUACCAUUGAAGAGUUGCUUAUCAGACAUGAUUUGUCGUACUGAAGGGAAGAUGAGAAUUUGUGUUUAGCUUCACAUAUAUUCAAGAUUUAUCAUGGCAGGAUAUUUAUAUAAACCAAAGGGAGAGAAAUGUCCUCUGAUUCGGAUGGCUUCUCUUUUUACCUGUGGUCUGGCCUUGGCCCUAUACGUCAUCAUUUCCAGCAGAGAAUGGGUGUUAACUCUCAUCGCCUUGAUCUUGUUCACCGACUCGUUGCUUGCACAAUAUCUUGGCUUGAUGAUCAAGAAAAACUCGUGUCCGCGCCAUUUUUUUGAUGUCUUGGUCUUAUGCCUGCUGUUCUGUGCUAUCGUUCUGUCAGGCUUUGCAGCGGCCGCCAACGUGAAUGACUUGCCACGUUUUGUCCUUGCAGUCUCCAGCGUUAGUUGCUAUUCGCUGGUUUUCUUUUAUUUCAUUUAUACUUUCCGUUGGACUUCUUGCCCUAAGGAUACUCCAGAGCCUAAGAUUCCAGAGUUCAAUUUUGUCAAUCCUGGCAAGUCAUCGUCUGCAGAUGUUCCUGUAAUCACCGAUACACAGGUUCCAAACAUACCAGUUUAUAUCUUGCCUCAAACCACACACUUUAGCGACGUGGACACGCCUAAACUUCCUAGCUUACAGCAGUCAGAAUUUCUAUAUCCGAAUUUGACUACUUUUAUCAGGGCGAAAACUCCGACCGCCCCGUGCUUCGAUGAAACACCAUCAGAGAGCACAGAAGAAAAUCCUCAGCCACACUCGCCACCAUCUUAUCACCGGGUGAUUUCCGCAGAGCUGCCGACAUACAAUGAAGCUUUGACCACUGGCUGCGCAGAUUAAUGGUUUGAAGGAAGUACGAGAUAUUCAGAAAAAUAUCACCAGAACAAUGAUGUUAUAUAUGAGAGAAGUCCUGUAAGAGUUCACGGAGUUGUGUUAAGUACGAGAGAUCAAGGGCGAUUACACAGCUCUGUUAUAAAUACAAGAGAUGGGCGAUUACCCAGCGAUGUUUUAAAUACGAGAGAUCAUGGGCGACUACACAGCUCUGUUUUAAAUACAAGAGAUGGGCGAUUACACAGCAAUGUUUUAAAUACGAGAGACGGUCGAUUACACAACAAUGUUUUCAAUUCGCUAGAUUAUGCACAGAUACAUGGCAUUGCUUAUAAAUACUAGAGAUUAUGGAUACUUGGCGAUGUUUAAUGAUACUAGAGAUUAUGGAUACAUGGCGAUGUUUAUUGAUACUAGAGAUUAUGGAUACUUGGCGAUGUUUAAUGAUACUAGAGAUUAUGGAUACUUGGCGAUGUUUAUUGAUACUAGAGAUUAUGGAUACAUGGCGAUGUUUAUAAAUACGAGAGAUAAAGAAACAUUAAUUAGAAAUAUUGCAAUGUCAAGAACUGAUAUGGACACUAAUGGACAGACAUAUAAACAUGUGAUAUUUGUAAAUAUUUUAAUCAUGUUAUUGUUUAUGGUUUAACUUUUACUUCAGAAAUAUUAAUGAAUUGCAUUAGCAUCUUUUGAGUUUAUAAACAUCCCAACCCUUCCCUUAGUUUUCCAUUCCAUUAACUCAAGACUCUAUAUUUUUGAAAUACACAUUCAUUUUAUUUUUGUUUUCUUUUCUACGAGUUUGUUAAGUUCUACAACAUUACCAAAUAUUCUAAAGCGAUGGCCACAUCCUCCGUCUCUAGACCCCGCCAGCGUCUCAUCCACGAAAUGUUUAAUGCAGGUACAGAUUUGUAUU